AGAUUAGAUAUUAAGAAAGCAGUGGAAAGAAGAAAUAUGAGUAAGGCUUCAUCAAGGUCCAGUCCGGCACGAAGAGAGCCAUAUGCCUACGGGGAUGGCCGAGAUGCCAGACGCGACCGCUCCCCUCUUCGGGGGAGCCCACGGAGAGACCCCAGAGAUGGCAGGGAUGGUAGAAACGGGCGAGAUUCCAGAGACAUUCGAGCUAGAGACAUGCGUGACGCCAGAGACCACAGGGACCUCCGAGACCCCCGGGAUAUCCGGGAUCCAAGAGACUUGCGGGACCCGCGUGACAUUAGAGAUCUUCGAGACCCACGGGAGCCACUGUAUGAUCGAUACAGGGAUCCUCGGGAUAUGAGAAACCCACGAGAUGUGAGGGAUCCACGGGAUAUGAGGGACCCAUGGGAUAUGAGAGACCCUCGGGACCCGUUGUACAGACGAGAUGAACCUUAUGACCGUUACCUUCGCCUGGAAGACUGCUACCGGCGGAAGGAUGACUCUUACUAUGACCGUUACAAGGAGCAUUUUGAUAGAGCACCGGCAAAUUCAGAAGGUGAGCACCGCCUUUCAGACCGCCUGAAACGUGAGGAGCGGCGCCGAGAGGAGCUGUACCGCCAGUACUACGAGGAAAUCAAGAGACGUUUUGAUGCAGAGAGACCUGUGGAUUGUUCUGUGAUAGUGGUGAAUAAACAGACAAAGGAGUACGCGGAGUCGGUGGGGCGGAAGGUGCGGGAUCUGGGCAUGGUAGUGGACCUGAUCUUCCUCAACACAGAGAUGUCCCUGACGCGAGCCCUGGACGAUGUGAGCAGAGGAGGGUCUCCUUUUGCCAUUGUCAUCACCCAGCAGCAUCAAGUUCACCGCUCUUGCACUGUUAACAUCAUGUUUGGCACCCCACAAGAGCACCGCAACAUGCCCCAAGCUGACGCCAUGGUGCUGGUGGCGAGGAACUACGAGCGGUACAAGACUGAGUCCCGGGAGAAGGAGCGUGAGGAGAUCGCCCGGCAGGCUGCCAAGAUGGCAGAUGAGGCUGUUCUGCAGGAGCGGGAGCGCCCACCCCCCCUGGAGGAGGGUGUCAGAGGAGGUCACCCCCCAGGGAUCCAGACGCUGUUGAACCUGCUGGCAGACAAUCGCUAUCUCACUGCUGAGGAGACUGAUAAAGUAAUUAAUUACUUGAGAGACCGGAAGGAGCGGUUACUGAGGGGAAGCACAGAUUCUCUGCAGGCACCCAUGUCAAGACAGUCUCUGGGGGCACCCUCAGGAUCAUCUCUGGGUAGCCAGUCCAGCCUUCCAAGCACUCAGGCUCAUCAGGGUUCACAGCCUCUGGUCUCUGCUCCUUCUGUUCCAGUGUCCUCUUCUAAUCCUCAGCAGGAGCUUCAAGCAAAAAUCCUCAGCCUCUUCAACAGUGGGGCAGCAGCAGCUGCUGUAGCAAACAGCAGUUCUGCGGCCUCUGCGGGCACCUCGAGUGGCACUCCAAACCAGAACUUCACUAACGUGGCUGGCGCUCAGGCCCGGCCAGCACAGAUGAGCGCUGGAAAUUUAAACCAGCCUCCACAGAGAUUGCAGGCUCCAAGCACGCAGCUUCCUGCUCUGCAAGGCCCUUCAAGAAAUGCAGGCCCAAGGCCUGGAGCUCCUCCACAAGCUCAGUCGCUCUAUGGUCAGCACCAAAAUCGCCUCCCUGCACCUGGCAACGUACCUGCUCAAAGGCCAGUGUCUUCCGGUAUCAACUUUGACAACCCCAGUGUACAGAAGGCCUUGGACACCCUCAUCCAGAGUGGUCCUGCGCUCUCCCACCUCGUGAGCCAGACCGUGGCCCAGGGGCGAGCAGGGUCCUCAGCCCAGCAACCGCUGGGUUCCUUCCAGCGGCACUAUUAGAGCUGAGCUGCCGGGCCCUCUUCCCUUCCCUUUGCCAUUCCAUACUUAGAGCUGUUUAA